AUGGAUCCUGGUCUCGGCAGCGGCGGCAGCAGCAGCGACUCUGCUCCUGACUGCUGGGAGCAGGUGGACAUGGACGCUCCUUGUUCGUUCCCUAGCGGCGAGAGAUUCCCCUCAGUCCUGGUGGAGACCCAGAGUGAGCAUCUUAGCUCAUCCUUCAGCCGACAGCUAAACGUCAACGCCAAACCCUUCGUGCCUAACGUUCAUGCCGCAGAGUUCGUGCCGUCCUUCCUGAGGGGCCCAGACCAGCCAUCGACCCCCAGAGCCAGCACCGAUAGCAAUGAAAAAACCUGCACUAGCACGGGACACCCUCAAGGUAAAAGGCUGGGACGGGGGGCACCUGUGGAACCUCACAAAGAGGAAAAAUUAGUUUUGUGUGAGGGUUCCAAUUCAGCUGUUACCAUGGAACUUUCAGAACCUGUUGUAGAGAACGGAGAGAUGGAAAUUGCCCUGGAAGAAUCUUGGGAACACACAAAAGUAAGUGAAGCAGAGCCUGGGGGUGGUUCACUGGGAGAUGCAGGGCCCCCAGAAGAAAGUGGCCAGGAAAUGAUGGAGUACAAAGAAGUAAGAACACCUAGAUCUAUGGGCGAAUCCUCCGGUACUCCUAAAAAAGAACACGUAAAUGUCGUAUUCAUUGGGCAUGUCGAUGCUGGCAAGUCAACCAUUGGAGGACAAAUAAUGUUUCUGACUGGAAUGGUUGAUAAAAGGACACUUGAGAAAUAUGAAAGAGAAGCUAAAGAAAAAAACAGAGAAACAUGGUAUUUGUCCUGGGCCUUAGACACAAACCAGGAAGAACGAGACAAGGGUAAAACAGUAGAGGUGGGCCGUGCCUAUUUUGAAACAGAAAAGAAACAUUUCACAAUCUUAGACGCCCCUGGACACAAGAGUUUUGUCCCAAAUAUGAUUGGUGGUGCUUCUCAAGCUGAUUUGGCUGUACUGGUAAUCUCUGCCAGGAAAGGUGAGUUUGAAACUGGAUUUGAAAAAGGUGGACAGACUAGAGAACAUGCGAUGUUGGCAAAAACAGCUGGAGUAAAACAUUUAAUAGUGCUUAUUAAUAAGAUGGAUGAUCCCACAGUCAAUUGGAGCAUUGAGAGAUAUGAAGAGUGUAAAGAAAAACUGAUACCUUUUUUGAAAAAAGUUGGCUUUAGUCCCAAAAAGGACAUUCACUUUAUGCCCUGCUCAGGGCUGACAGGAGCAAAUCUUAAAGAAAAGUCCGAAUUCUGCCUUUGGUACCCUGGAUUACCAUUUAUUCCCUAUUUGGAUAAUUUGCCAAACUUUAACAGAUCAAUUGAUGGACCAAUUAGGUUGCCAAUUGUGGAUAAGUACAAGGAUAUGGGAACUGUGGUCCUGGGAAAGUUAGAAUCAGGUUCUAUUUUUAAAGGCCAACAGCUUGUGAUGAUGCCAAACAAGCACAAUGUGGAAGUUCUUGGAAUACUUUCUGAUGAUGCUGAAACUGAUUCUGUAGUUCCAGGUGAAAACCUCAAAAUCAGACUGAAGGGAAUUGAAGAAGAAGAGAUUCUUCCAGGAUUCAUACUUUGUGACCCUAAUCAUCUUUGCCAUUCUGGACGUACAUUUGAUGUUCAAAUAGUGAUUAUUGAGCACAAAUCCAUCAUCUGCCCAGGUUAUAAUGCGGUGCUGCACAUCCAUACAUGUAUUGAGGAAGUUGAGAUAACAGCCUUAAUCUCCCUGGUAGACAAAAAAUCGGGAGAAAAAAGUAAGACAAGACCCCGCUUCGUGAAGCAAGAUCAAGUGUGCAUUGCCCGUUUAAGGACAGCAGGGACUAUAUGCCUUGAAACAUUUAAAGAUUUUCCUCAGAUGGGUCGUUUUACCUUAAGAGAUGAGGGCAAGACUAUUGCAAUUGGAAAAGUUCUGAAGCUGGUUCCAGAAAAGGACUAAGCAAUUUUCUUGAUGAGCCUACACAAUACUGUGCGA